CUUUGGAGCAUUUGAGUCAUUUAAGGGGAAAAUGGCUGAUGAUAAGGGUAAUUUGACUGCUUCCACACGCUUACUUUGUGGUUUAGGUGCUGGUGUGUGUGAAGCUAUUUUUGCUGUUACACCCAUGGAAACAGUGAAAGUUAAAUUUAUUAAUGACCAGCGGUCAGCAAAUCCUCGUUACAGGGGAUUUUUCCAUGGUGUUGGCCUAAUUGUUAAGGAACAAGGUCUUGGAGGUGUUUACAAGGGUGUGACUGCCACCAUAAUUAAGCAGGGUAGUAACCAAGCCAUACGUUUCUACGUUGUCGAAACUUUGAAAGACAUGUACCGUGGAGGAGAUAACUCUGUAGCAGUACCAAAAUUAGUCACUGGACUGUUUGGUGGUAUUGCUGGAACUGCAUCUGUUUUUGGAAACACACCAAUUGAUGUGGUGAAAACAAGAAUGCAGGGUUUGGAGGCUCACAAGUACAAAAAUACUGUGGACUGUGCUGUCCAGAUUUGGAAAAAUGAAGGAUUUUUCGCGUUCUACAAGGGCACAGUUCCUCGUCUCAGCCGUGUCACAUUAGACGUAGCAAUUACCUUCAUGAUUUAUGAUAGCUUUAUGGAGUACUUCAACAAGGUCUGGCCUUGAACACAGAAGCAAUGAGAAAUUCAAGUGAAGAAAUCACUGCCAGUCACUUAUUUUGUGAGUGCUUCCAUUGUACAGAAUAAUAUUUCAGAAGUAUUGUGUAUCCUUGCCAAAUGAGCGUACACGCAAAAUGCCAUAACAUAGUUCAAAAUUAUUUUUGUCAAAAAUUUUGCAUGCAGUGUAUGCAUUUUAUUUAAGAUAUCAAAUUUCUUUUAUCUAUUAACUAAGUUCAAUGAACAAAUGACCUGUUAGCUAUAGAGACUAGCCAAUUUUGUUUCCCAAGCAACAGCAAACGAUUUGCCAUUCCUUUCAGAAGCUGUUCUUUUUAUUGAAGAGUCUUUGUUCUGUCAUGACUUGUGAUAUGUUUUACUGAAACAUUCCUGAUGUGAAUUUUACUAUAAUGAAAAAGAAAUAAUUUUUAUCUCAUCAUUCCAAAAACGAAUUCCCUGAGUGGGAUUCUGUAAUGUUGACUAGUCUUGCAUUUAUAAAAAAAUUAAUGCAAAAUAUGUAUUGAUUUAAGUCAUAAAAUACCCAUGGUUGUGAAAAUUUCUCAGCAUUACAAAAUUAAGUAGAUUUAUAUUAUAGAAAAAUAUAAUAGAAUGUUUUGAAGGGUGCAA